GCCUUUUGGGUUUUCGAUUAUUAAAUAAAUAAUGUGUAUUCCAUGACAUCUUUUCCUAAACUUUCUUCUUCCAUAGAGAUAGAUUUGUGUCUGUUACCAUCGUUGGUCGGUUAAAGUUUUUUUUUUACUCUGGUGUUUCUCUACCUUGUAUGCUUUUUUGUCUUGUUAUGGAGAAAGGAAAAUCAGAUCCGUACGUUUGUAGUCUCACUUUUUCUUUUUUCUUAUGCUAUAUCUAGCAUUGUCUAAGACGAUCUUUUGGUUUUGGUUUCUCUGAGAAGGAUUGGAAGGGAGAGAGAGCUUUUUGUUACUGAUGAGACUUUAGAUAUUGUUGACUGUGGUUCUCCGGUGGUGGCUUUUGUUGCGCUUUUGGGAGUUAAGGGAGGCUGAUUAGCGGAUUUAUGUCGACUGAGUUUGAUUUGGCUUUGAUUGGGGCUCGGUUGCAGCUCUGCUUUUCUUCUUCUACAAUUUUCUGUUCUCACUUGUUCAUCAAAGCUUCUUUGGCUCUCUGCUUCUACAGGCAGAGACUGAAUCUUGUUCUCCCGAUUGUUUCAAUGCGUUUGAGGCCUAAAAAGACUUGUUCUGGAGUAGGGUGUUUCGGUGGUUUUCACAUAAAACAACGAUUUUUCUAUCUUCUCUUGUUUCUGAGAGGGGCUUAUACUUUAUACUGCUUUGAUAGUCUCAGAUUUUUGUUCUCCCUCUCCUCUUGAUUUUGUUCUCGUAUUUUAAGGGUAGUUCUGAGGGGGGUUUUAGUUAAGAUUUUUAUCCAGUUUUGUCGAUAAAAAUGCCAGAACCUCGAAAAGAAGCCUCUAAUAAAAAUAAAUUAUACAAAAAGUCCAAGAAAACCCAACCAAUAUUGAGUGAAGAAGACACCCAAAUGACUAGAAAAGUUCGUGUUAUAUUUCAUGACCCUUAUGCCACUGAUUCAUCUUCUAGUGAAGAUGAGUCUGAGAGGACUAUUACUAGGAAGGCCCCGAGGGGAAAGCUUGUUGUUCGUGAAGUUGGAGUUCCUAUUUUAGGUUUGGUUUCCCACUCAAAACCCUUGGAGUUUGAGGCUUCUUCUCAAGACAGUAACUGUAAAACCCCAACCAGAAGAAAAAGAGUUUUGGAUACAACCCUUGACGACAAUGCCCUUGUGGUUGAAGCCAAAAUACCUGUUGGCGUUCGUCGAAGGAAGUGGGGCAAAUGGGCUGCCGAGAUCAGGCACCCACUGGAGAAAACCAGGAUUUGGUUGGGAACUUACGAUACCCUUGAAGAUGCCGCUAGGGCAUAUGAUGCUAAAAAGCUCGAAUUCGAGGCUUUGGCUGUUGCUGCUGCUGCUGCAGCUACUGCUUCCUCCGAUAAAACCUAUGACAUUUCUUGUUCUGCUUCUACUUCUCACACUAGCAAUUCUGUUGCUUCAGUAUCUGAAGAGUCUGUGAGCCCUUCAUCCCAUACUACACCUUCAUCAGUGCUCGAAUUGGAUACUUCUGCGUCUGUUUCAUUCUUUAACAGCAACCAUGAUUCUGGGAAUGCGAACAAAGAAGGGUUUGAUGCUAACUUUGCCAAUUUAGUGAUUCCCGAUUUAUGUUUCCUUGAUGAUCCACUUUUGUCUGGAUCAGUUGGACAAGAGCUGAACUUAGAUGAAGAGCCAUCCGAUUAUCUUUUUGUCAAUGAUUCUGGGGUGAUUUUGGAGGAUUAUUGCAGCAUUGAAGACCUGAGCAUUUGUGGGAUCGAAGGAAAUGAACCCAGUGAACUACCUGAUUGUGAUUUUAGCACUGAUGACUUCGAUUUUUGCAAAAAAGUAGCCCCCCUCAACAUUUUGUGCCCAUAAGUUUUGCGGUUAGGUAAUAGUAGUAGUGGUUUAAUAAUAUGAACCUUGUUGUCAUGAGUUAUUAGUCAAAGUUGAAGGUACUUGGGGGGCUCUCCAAGAUGGGUUAUUGGGUAGUUCAAUUUUUGUGAGUGAGUCGAAAUGAUUUGUUUGGUGAGUUGAGAGGAAUGAGCGACGAAAAAUCCUUUGGGUUUUCUUGUGCUAAAGAGCCAUCCAAGGGAUUAAGCUAUCUGAGAAAAGUGUUUAGAUGAUUUUUUUAAUUUUUGGUUGCUCAUCCUCACAUGUUAAGACAACUAUAUUUGUCUAUUUGCAGCGAACGAAGUUUUAUUUUCUAUUA